AUACACCGGCAGUUUUGGCGGGAGCUGGCAAGUUAGCAAGUUAGCUAAAACAGCAGGAGAAAUGCUUGCAGAAAAGGCGCUGGAACUUGUUCGUGAACAGAAACGCUGCACAGAUAGUACCUUACCUCCUUUUAAUGAAGAUGGCAUUCGGCAAGUUCUUGAAGAGAUGCGAGCCCUCUUUGAACAAAACCAGCACGACACGACUGAAGCAGUAAAAGGUGGUAAUGGAGGACUUCUAUCAAGCAUUCAGUUGCGUCAUGCAGCUCUUGAGCGGAACAAGCGAUGUGUGUUGGCUUAUUUAUUCAACAGGCUUGACCACAUACGUCAUAUGCGCUGGGAAUUCGGCAGUGUCCUGCCUACUGACCUUAAGUAUAAUUUUUGUGAACAAGAAGUUCAAUGGUUCAAUAGUUAUAAUCGUAUACUGGCAAAUUACAUGAGAUGCAUUGGAGGACAAGGAGGGCUAGACCUGACACAGGAUAGAAAGCCACCCAAAACUCUGUAUAUAGAAGUGCGAUGCCUUGCUGACCAUGGGGAGUUUGAGACUCAGGAUGGAGAUAUCAUUGUGCUGAAGAAAAAUAGUCAGCAUUUCCUCUUGCGUUCUGAGUGUGAGCAUCUUGUGCGUGAAGGAGUUCUGGAACAUGUUGUUCAAAGUGUCUAAAAAAAAAGGUUUAAUUUAUUCCUUGUUACUCCUCAAGGAGCAUAGGGCUGCAACAAUCUUAAAAAAAUGAAAAAAAAGACCCCCUGUAAAAUUUAUGUAAAUAAGGUCUGAUUUAUGUGUAUUAAACAAUGAUGAGGUCU